CGUUCGCAGAGGUCCCGCUGGAAAAAAAAAAAAAUGGGCAGCCUCGCGGGUGCUGCAGAGUUGAAAGAAAACUGACCAAAAACUGCCCCGCCACUUAUCAGCUUAUCUUAGCGCGCACAACCACACAGGUCCCGCAUCGGCUGCAAAACCAAAAAUUCGAGGUCUGACCCCAGCCCACCGCAGGCUCAGGCUCAGGUUCGUGCCAGUUGAGUUGAAAGAAAGAGAGAGGUCCAUUUUUUGCUGGCCAGUGACGAAUCUCCUCCCCGACCCGCUCAGAGGCAGACUUCCCUUGUCUCCUCCCCCCAUAAUCUACUCCAUAGCUGGCCGUCAAUUUUCCCUUUGCCUUGCCCCGGGGUCCAACGUCCAUUCAUUCCCGAUAAUCGUCCAUCACCACUCCCAAACCACCACCCCGAGACCACCCGAGACCACUCAACAUGGCUGUCGACCAGGAGAACUUUGUCCACCUCACCAGGCCGCUUGCGCCCACCCUCCUGGGCUUCGGUGCCGGUAGCGCCCCGCUUACCGUCAACAUCCAGCCCCAAUCUGUCUUCUCCAUCAUCGACCAUGCCGUCCGCCGCGAUAUCAACGGCUCCAACUCGAACCGCGUAAUCGGCGCCCUCGUUGGCACCCGCAGCGAAGAUGGAAGCGAGGUCGAGGUCCGCUCUGCUUUCGCCAUCCCCCAUGUCGAGACCGACGACCAAGUCGAAGUCGAUGUCGAUUACCAAAAGAACAUGCUCGCUUUGACCCUCAAGGCCGCCCCCCGCGAGCAGCUUCUCGGCUGGUACACCACCUCCCACGAGCUUAACUCCUUCUCGGCCCUUAUCCAAAAUUUCUUCGCCUCCCCAGAGACCGGCACCUUCCCCCACCCCGCCGUCCACCUCACCAUCUCUUCCGACGCCGGCAGCGCCAUCUCCACAAAGACGUACGUCUCCGCUCCGGUGACUGUUGUCUCUGAGCGCGCCGCCGAUACCUGUCUCUUCAUUGAGGUUCCUCACAAGCUGUUGAUCGCCGACUCGGACCGCUCUGCCCUGAGCACCGUCUCCUCGGCCGCCCACACCGAAGCUCGCGCCGCCCCUGUUGUCUCGGAUAUUGAGAACCUCGCCCAAUCGCUCGAGGUUGUCUCUGACCUGUUGGAGCGUGUUUCCGGAUUCGUCGGUGAGGUCCUCGACGAGGAGCGUGACGGCUCCCACGCCCUCGGGCAGUAUCUUAUGAACGCCUUGUCUCUUGCACCCAAGGUGUCCAACCUCCAGAUCGAGAACGACUUCAACAACCACAUCCAGGACGUCCUCAUGGUCAGCUACCUGGCCAACACGAUCCGCACCCAGAUCGACCUGUCGCAGCGUCUUGCCACAGCUACCAUUGUCGGAUUUGGCGGCGAGGCCGGUGAGAAGAAGGAGGGCGAGGAGGGCGAGAAGAAGGAGGGCCGUGAGGGCGGCGGCGGCGGUCGCGGAAGGGGAGGGAAGCGUGGUGGUCGUGGCGGUGGCCGUGGUGGAAAUCAACAAAGGGAACCGAGGGAGCCCCGGGAGAAUGGCGAGUAGAAGAAGAAGAAUCUUGAAAAAUAGAUGAUGGCCUUGUGCGGUUUCUUGUGCACUGAUAUCUUCCUCUUCUUUCGUCUGCUUUUCGACGGAAAAGAAACGAAAAUGUUGUUUUUCUUGGUUCUCUCAAAAAGCAGGGUUUUUGCGGCGGGAUAUUAUAGGGGGGUCUGUCUACAUGGGAAAGAAAGUCAUGGCGUUCUUUUUUAUAGGAAAGGGGAAAUAAAAACAUUGUAAAAAGCGUGAUCUGGG